GAUGAAACGAGGAGGAGGAGAAGAUAGUGACCUUAAUUCAUCAGAAGAAGGUACUGCAGACAAAUGCAAGAAACUGAGGACUACAAAUGAACAGUCUCAGAGUUGUGAUUGGGGUAAUCUACUUCAAGACAUUAUUCUCCAAGUUUUUAAGUAUUUGCCUCUUCUUGACCGGGCCCAUGCUUCACAAGUGUGCCGCAACUGGAACCAGGUAUUUCACAUGCCAGAUUUGUGGAGGUGUUUUGAAUUUGAACUGAAUCAGCCAGCUACAUCUUAUUUGAAAGCUACACAUCCAGAGCUGAUCAAACAAAUUAUUAAAAGACAUUCAAACCAUCUACAGUAUGUCAGCUUCAAGGUGGACAGCAGCAAAGAAUCAGCUGAAGCAGCUUGUGAUAUAUUAUCGCAACUUGUGAAUUGCUCUUUGAAAACACUUGGACUAAUUUCAACUGCUCGGCCAAGCUUUAUGGAUUUACCAAAGUCACACUUUAUCUCUGCACUGACAGUUGUGUUUGUAAACUCCAAAUCCCUGUCCUCGCUUAAGAUAGAUGAUACCCCAGUAGAUGAUCCAUCCCUCAAAGUACUAGUGGCCAACAACAGUGAUACGCUAAAGCUGCUAAAAAUGAGCAGCUGUCCUCAUGUCUCUCCAGCAGGUAUCCUUUGUGUUGCUGAUCAGUGUCAUGGCUUGCGAGAACUAGCCCUGAACUACCACUUAUUAAGUGAUGAGUUGCUACUGGCUUUGUCUUCUGAAAAACAUGUUCGAUUAGAACAUUUACGCAUUGAUGUAGUCAGUGAGAAUCCUGGACAGACACACUUCCAUACUAUUCAGAAGAGCAGCUGGGAUGCUUUCAUCAGACAUUCACCCAAAGUGAACUUAGUGAUGUAUUUUUUUUUAUAUGAAGAGGAAUUUGACCCAUUCUUUCGUUAUGAAAUACCUGCUACCCAUCUUUACUUUGGAAGAUCAGUAAGCAAAGAUGUGCUUGGCCGUGUGGGAAUGACAUGUCCUAGACUAGUUGAACUAGUAGUGUGUGCAAAUGGAUUACGACCACUUGAUGAAGAGUUAAUUCGCAUUGCAGAACGUUGCAAAAAUUUGUCAGCUAUUGGACUAGGAGAAUGUGAAGUCUCGUGUAGUGCCUUUGUUGAAUUUGUGAAGAUGUGCGGUGGCCGCCUGUCUCAAUUAUCCAUUAUGGAAGAAGUUUUAAUUCCUGACCAAAAGUAUAGUUUGGAGCAGAUUCACUGGGAGGUGUCAAAACAUCUUGGUAGAGUGUGGUUCCCAGACAUGAUGCCCACUUGGUAGAGACCACAUGAUGUAGGGCAUGAUGAAUAGCACCUUAACUACCAAGCAAAUGUUUAAAAUUAAAGUUUAUUUGCUGUAGUUCUGAUAUAAUUUACUAUUUUGUGGGACAGAAAUUUGAUAAUAUUCAGUGAGUAUAUAAGCUUGUUUUUUGGAAGACCCAAGAAUCAGUUUUCACCAGAAAAUUCCAUUUGUUUCUUUAGCCUAAUAGCAAUCAAAUAUCGAAGGAAAAGUCUAUUUAAAUGUGAUUCAGAUGUGAAGGUAAUAACCAGUUAGAAAGAUUAAACAGUUUACAUACAGUCUGAAGGAAACAAAACUAAAUAUUACAAUAUCUAAGAAGUGAGUACUAAUAGGUUUUCCAAAAUGUUUUGUUCUCUAUGCAUUUUUUGAAAAUGUACACUAGGACAUUUUAGGGUCUUUAGUUAUACAUACACCUGUUAUAAGGUGUUUAAUAUAGCUCAGGAAAGUGAGCAUUUGUGAGAAAAAUGUAGGAUAUAUCAUAUCUAAUGAAAAAGAUUGAAUGUUUUCAGAUGUUAUAAAGCUGUUUAAAAGAAAAAGAGGUACAGAUAAUUGGAACACUUAGAAAAUUAAUAAAUGUCACACAGUGGUUAUUAUAGAAGGAUAAUACACAGAGCCAAGGUCAAAUUAAAAGAAAAUAAAUGGAAUAGAAGGGAGGCAGUAUUUAGCUUUGUAUAAACUUAUAGGUUUACUCUGUAAUCUGCUAAAUCAUAUAAAUUUUUUUUCCUGUGAUACAUUAUUAUAUAUGUGACACUUGAGGCAUUGUGUGUAAAGUAAGGAAUGCUUUACCAGUUCUCCUUGUGUAUCUUUGUUUAAGCUAGCUUUGAAGUAUUAUGUAAUAAUUGAAAUGAAAAGCUUAUCUAUUUUUAAAAGCCAAAUUGAAAUAAUUAAAGGGUAGAACUCUAAAAUGUUCAUAAAUUUUUUCCAUGAAAACACUAGUCUCCAGUGGAUUUUAGUGAUGGCUUAUGUUUCCAUUUUGGAAUUAAUAUAGUUAUAUAAGUAGAAUUUUUAAAAAUUAUAAAAUGAUUACCAGUGUACAGUUCAGCAUAAACAUUAAAUUUCAAAGAGGAUAUAUUUAAGUUGAUAAUCAUAUUUUUGAGUAAAUAUUGCUCAGUGACCCAGAAAAUUUUAAUAAAAAAUGUCUAUAGUUUUGUGAUUGUUAAUUUGUUUAAACUGAUAUUUUAUAUUAUUUAAGUUAGGUAGGUUUUUAUAUUAUUUUCAUAUGAAUAAAUGUAAUUCAUGCAUUGUAGAGUCUGUAAUGAUUAAGUUUUGGGCUACAUUUAGAUUUUUUUAGAUAUUAUAUAAACUUUGAUUCUGGGCAGUAGUGUUAGUAGGUACUACCCUCCUAAGGAAAAUUAUAAGUGAUUUACCCCCAGUGGAAUAAUACCUUGAUGCUUGAAAUGGCUCUCCUCAGUAGUGUGACUUUUAGAAAGUAUCUUGGUAGUUACGGAAGCUAACUUUCUUACAGAUCUAAUCUAUUUUUAAAAUAGAUGAACUUCCUAAGAAUCAAGUGACAGAUGAUUUUCUACAAAAUUUAUGGUUUCAAAAGUGAUGAUAUUCUACCUUGUAGCCACUUACAGAUAGGAAGAAAAAAGACUGAUCCAGACUUGAAAACUAAAAGCAAUUAUUGUAAUAUUUCUUCUCUUACUAAAUAGUAGAAAGCUUCAAUUGUACAAGAAAAUAUCUGUGCUAAUAGAUGAAGUUUUUUUUUUCUUGAACACCUUUGGAAAAUGAAUUUGAUAGUAUUUAAUCAGUUCUAACCAAAGCUUUUCUUGGAAAUUUAAUUUUUGUACAGAUUGAAUUAUAUAAAAUGCUUGGCAUAUUUUAAGUCACUUUAUAAGCAAGAUGCAUAGCACUUAAUUUGUUUAUACUGUAAAGUACAUGUUAAAUGCUUUUAUCAAUUUGAGAAUAAAGAUAGUUACUAA